AUGAGACGCUGCCGAGGCGAGAGUAGUGUGACAGACAGUUAUCUUACACUCCUAUGACAAAUGGACUAUGGUUUGAUUUGGGUUUAGUUUUUGGUGUGUUUAUUGUCCCUGGGGUUUUGGGUUGUGGGUGUUUUAAUUACUGACUGCUGUGAAUGUUACUGAAUGACAAAUCUUUUUAAAUCCGCCCAAACUAGAUACAUUUCACCCUUCGUAUUCGACCCCAGAGAUUUUUUUCUCUCUCCAAAGUACCCUUUGAGCUAUGUGCACGGAAACCAUUCCUGACUUGCAAUUAGAAAAUAGUUCAAUUUAAUCUGCUAGAUAGAUAUCCACUCCCUCAAGUUGGCUCAGCUGUAUUCUGUAGUACAGGUAGUAAAAUACAACAGUUGGUUUAUGAGCACAAUAUAGACUGACCUGUUAUUAAAUCCCUUUUUGGGUCUACCAGGGUUUUCUUUUUCAUUGCAAAACGUUUUGCUACAGUGUGCCCUAAUGAACAUUACCCAGUUGACUAGCACAGCUUCCCUCUCUCUCCACUGACAUUGGAAGCGUACUUACACACACACACACACACACACACACACAUACACACACUGUCCCACCAGAUAACCUUAUCAACCCCUCUCAUCCUAGUGCACUGGGUAACCCUGUGCGUUUUGUAACCCUGUGCGUUUUGUGUUACCAAGAAAACCUUUAGAGAUGCAAUGACCCUGCAUGGGCAUUCCUAACUGAUUUCAGUAAGCACAUUCCUAGUAGCAUUGAUGACAAUGAUAUGCCAGCAGAACGCUUUAUGUAGGACAGGAUCUAGGUCUAAUGUUUCAGCCCCAUAUCAAGGCCUUUCGGCAGGUAGCCUAGUGGCUAGGAGCGUUGGGCCAGUAAUUGAAAUGUCGCUGGUUCAAAUCCCCGGGCCAGCUAGGUGAAAACAUCUGCCGAUGUGUCCUUGAGCAAGGCACUUAACCCUGUAAAUCGCUCUGGAUGAAAGCGUCUGCUAAAUGACUAAAAUGUAAAUGUAAAAUGAGUGGAGAGGCCAGAGGCAGUAAUGGGCGUGCCAUGGUGAAUAACAAGCAGAGGAAGUGGCAGUACAUUUAACCUCUGCUCAUCUCUGGAGUGCUGCUGCUGCUGGGUUGAUACACAGGUGCUCUCCUUCCUCUUUCUCUCUCCCUCUAUAUCUCUCACACUCUCAAUCUCUUUUUCUCACACUCCCUGUCUCCUUAACGCCUUGUCUCUCUCUGCCUUACUCUCUCCCUCACUUGCUCUCUCUCAUUUCCUCACACACUCUCAGCCCUUCCCACCCUGACUCUCUCUCUACACACGCUCUCACAUGACAUCCCGGGCUGCGGGAGAUAUUAAUAGUGUGCUGAGUCCCUGGGAAGCUCAGGAAGAAUUACUUCUCCUAUCCAGGCUCCCCUCACAUAUUUCACCUGGUCUGCUGUGGCAGACAGGGCAGGUUGGAAAGGCCAACCACAGGGCUGACUGACUGACUGAAGACCAGGGGCAGGUGGGAGAAGAUGUAUAUGGUGGAUGCUAAGGGAUUCCAUUGGCUUCAAUUGAGUCAGUCAUAGCAGAAUGAGAGGCAGACUAUGAGAAGUUAGUUUUGAGGCAUUUCAGUCCACAUGUAGCCUAAUCAUCACACAAUUAGAUGAGAGGAGAGGGUCAGGCUAGAUGUUGAGGCUGACCCCACCAGGCUGUCACAUGUUCCUGCCUGAUCUCCAAUCAUUGUGAGAGGGUGGACCGCCCGUCACUUCAGCUUUAAUGGACCGCCUGUCACUUCAGCUUUAAAAGGGGACUGCCAGCCAGGGAGACUGUGUGGGACAGACGGGCACACACAGCGGGAAGUAGGGUGACAGUUUGGUCAGUGUUCGUAACAGGAAUAACAAGGUGUGUGUUGUGUCAGAGGCUGUGUCCCCAAAUGUCAGUUCUUCUCAGGCCUCCAGUGCAGACACAAGGAGAGGUUGUGACGAACAGACAAUGGAGGAUUAGGGAGGCUGCAUUGUAGUGGGAUUAUGGAAAGGUGACAGGGGUCUGUAAACACAUCAUGGCCAAUGAAAUCAAACACCUCUGUAUUUGGAAGGAAAUUAUCCUAUACCUUGCUUGUGAACUGUUUGAGUACUGUGUGGAUUACAAAUUGGUUGUAGUGAAUCAAAGAUGCACAGCAAUGUGUGUUCCACUCUAGAUAAAUAGACAGCCACUUCAUUGAUGCAAUCAAUAAGUGGCUCAUUUUGUGUGGGCUGGAGUGCAGCGGCCCAUGUGAGAGUCAUGUCUGACGGAUGGAAUCUCUCUAGGAGUGUUGGGAAGGAGCCUAUAGGCUAGCUGGUAGCAGCCUACUGGAAAGACUCCUAACUAGUGAACAGAACAACUCAAUCUUCUGGGAAGUGAGUGGGUCAUAUGCAGCUCAUGUGGUGCUAGGUCGCCCUUUCAGAAAUUGAGAGCGUGCUCAGAGAACAGGAUCACAGGAGGAUUAGGAGGGAAUGCAACACACACUGUAUGCUCAUACAGGCUUUACUUACGCCACAUUUGCCUAAGCAUAGUGUUAUUGUUAUCCCUAUGGGAAUCCUUCAGUGAAGUGAUUAGCCUGUUCAGUGAAGUGAGUUUGGAGUCCACUCUUAUCACAGGGUGGGGCCCUCAGUAUAGAGGUCUAGGCGGGAUUGAUUUCUUCAUCCCGCUCCCGGCCGCACCCGCAGCUUUUCAUACCUGUACCCACCCGCAGCUUUUCAUACCUGUACCCACCCGCUCCCGCUGGUUUUCAUACCUGUACCCACCCGCUCCCGCUGGUUUUCUGUCCGACUCCCACCCAACCGCAGUCCUGCAAUGUUAUUUUAGGCGUAGGCUAUUUGACGCAGAUCGCUUGCCAGCCAUGGUCCCAUCAAUUUUGCGCCCUAUAGGCAAUAUCAAAAUGCGCAAAAAUAACCUAAGAAAUAGGUAACAUUUCCAAAGAUGAUCACAUUCUUCAUUAUACUAGGCUAUCAGGAUUACUGGGCUAUAUCAGCCAAUAGCCUUAGUAUGAAGAGAGCGGAGUUGGAGAGAGAGCGGACACUUGCACUUUCAGACAGAGACCAAAAUGGAUAAUCAAUAUUUAUUUUGAGGUAGUGUAGUAAACUAUAGCUUAAUUAAGAAGUUAAUUUCCUUGGAAAGAGAACUGCCCCGUGCUUCUCCAUUCAUGCAUAGGCUAUAUCCUACUAUUUAAUUGAGACCAACACGCGCACCUUAUCUCACACAUAUGGCUACUGAACUUGAAGCAGCAAUAAUAAUGAGAGCAGACACUUGCACUUUCUCUUGAGCUAGGUUUUGCAUAUAGGAUAUAGCCUACCUUUUAGGAGCGGGACGAUUUGCAGGCAGAGACAAAUAAAUGCUUAAUCAAUACUUAUUGAAAAGGAAAAGGCGUAACGCUCACUCGCCAUGCUAUUCGCUAGUUGCGCCUUUUCCUUUUCAAAUCAUGUUUUUUUUUAUUGCACUUCGACUCACGUUGGUUGAGCUCCCGCCACUUCUUUCCAUUAUCUAUAUGUAUUUACGGACACUGUAGUAAACUAUAGCCUAAUCAUAUUUAAGUUAAUUUUCUUGGAAAGAUAACUGCCCCGUGAUUCUCCGCCCUUUCAUAGGCGGUCAUUGAGAUCAUAUAUUGUAGGCGUGCUUGAUCUUGUACGCCCAUCUAGGAGAGGAGCGGCAGGCUACUGAACUUGAAGCAGCGAAUUCUGACAGUGUGUGAAUAAUGCGACACAGAGGUGCUUUUAAUACAAUAGGUUGGCGUAGGCUAACGCAUACGCAGCAGAAAGACGACCGUUUCCUAAUAAUCUGUGGGACUCAAAUAUUUUCAUCCCAAAGCCCGCUCCCGCCUGCAGUAUGAGAAAUGACGACCGUGCCUCAAUGAUCUCUGUCGGGACCUGCAGCCCUCUACGGCAGUACUUUACCUUCCUCUGCUCUGAAUAAUGUGUGGUUUGAAAUGACACACUGCCUGUACCGCUGCAUAUUUUAUCUCCGGCCUGUUGGCUUUGAAUCAGCCAUGCUGAGGUAGUUGGCUGGCUGGGGAUCAAAGCAAGGAGAGAAAUAUUUGAGGGAAAUGUUUUUUUUUUUAUUAAUCCCACUUCUCAUUGUUCAUAGUGUUUAAUGUUCCUAUCUUGUAGUAGGCUAUAACCAGUCUUUAACCACAACACACCCAUUCUGACAUUUGAAGGUGACAGUAGUCAGCAGUGGUUUGAUCUGUAGAGUUGAUCUGCUGUCCUCCUACUGUGUUAAGACAAACAUGCCUUUAGGCUCCGUUUACUGUAUUAGAACUAUUCUUAUCAUUCUCACUUCCCUGAUCAAUCUGAUUGGAGGAUUAUGUAAGUAAAUAUAUAGGCUAAUUCCAUUGGCCGGAUAUGUGCCACAUUAUAAAACGGUCAGCCUGAAAUAUUGGACCUCAAGUAGAUCCUAAUCUGAUUUAUCAACUUCAUCUAUCACCAGUAGCCUAUAGCCUGAACACAGCCUUGGAUAGCCAUCAGACACCAUGUGAGAGAUGCAAUGUUGAUGAUCUGCAGUGACCCAGAUCUGUCCCAUGGAGUAGGGCUGUAUAAUCAGACUAGACUGUCAAGUGCCUGUUUGCUUCUUAAUCACAUUUUAUAUAAUGUGCUGAUAACACUCCACUUGGCAAGUAGAGACAUGUACCAUGGUUGGAGCGAGAAGAUUUUUGUUGAGGUUUUGAAAGAAUGGGGCCUGCUAUUAGUCUGUCGUGUUGAGACAAGCACAGGUUUUUACAUGGUGCCACCAUCUUAUCAACCCUCUCAAUCUCUGGAGUCUGGUACUGGAGAGUCUGCUCAUGGAUAAUUGUCAUAAAUGUAGUUUUCUGAGCAGUGAAUGAACCGUCUGUUUUUAGGUCUACUUGUUUCCCCUGGAGAAGUAGGAAUGUAUUUUAAGAAUCUAUACAUUUAUUAGGGACUAUUUAGAAGUCUCUAAUGCACCUAGUUUUCACUUCACUUUCUGUACGCCAGGCAGAUGGGUGUCAGCAUUAUUUUAGCAUUACUUUUAGCACUAUUUCCAUUAUAUAAAGACCUGCCUGUCACGUCACCUCUAUACUCCUGGAGUGCUGAGAAAAGCUGAGGCGUUCGAAUUUACUUUGAGAUGUGGUGCUAGCGCCAGACAUUUUUUGGAGGAGAUGACGGGUCGCUUGUUUUUAUUCUAUAUUCAAAUGCCGUAUCUGCUCAGAUUCUUCAUAAUGAAACUUUUAGUACUUUCUGUUCCCUUCUGACUGAGAUAUACAGAUUGUCCUCCAGAGCUCCGGAUGACACAAACUCUGUCUAUGAAUAAUACAGAGAUGUAUUCCAUUCAGUGACAAGUAGAGGGAAGAAUGGCUGUAUUUGACAUGGGAGAACACUGCACUCUGAUGGGCUGGGAAGCAGUAAGCCGUCUCCAGUGUUUGGGUUGCAAUUAAUCAGGAUGUUUUCAAGAGUGAGCUGAGUGGCUAUGGAGCUCUGAGCUCGAAAUAAUAUGAUCAGCCCACAGACAUUUGGGUGUUUUGAUGUUUCAUUGAGGUGCGUUUGGGACGUUGGGAGCAUUAAUUCCUCUAAUAUACUAUCUUGAAAUGAGAGAAGAUAAUUUGCUGUCAGAAGUCAGAUCCUUCGCAGCCGCCCUGCAGACACCACUGUUAAUGAGUUUUUUUAAUAGAGGUUCAUCAUCUUGCCGCAAUUGAAUUAACAACAUCAUGAACAUCAGGCUUGAAACAAAUGCAUUGGUCAUUCGUUUGUAUGUUCCCAUCUCUGUUCCAGACACAUAUUGUAUCAGCUGUGGCCUGAUUCCUCUCUCCCUCUCUUCUGUUGUUGUUUGUGUACCCCACCAUACAGUCCCCCGGCCUCGGUUUCAUCUGCUCUGCAUUGUAUCAUCCCCUCCUCCACUCACCUCUGCCUUUUUAAACAACUUUCAGAAGUUCAAAAUUACAUAUCUGGUGGUUAAGGGUGUCCCUGCAGCAAGGACUCUAUCACUUUCUCUCUCCGUAUCCCCCUCUCCCUCUCUGUGCCCGAUUCUUCAUGUUUUCACCCACUGAUGUGCAGUAUUUCACAAUAACGUCUUUGGUUAGCGUUUCUCUCAAAGGCAAUGGUUAAGCACAUAGACUCCAUGUUUGUCCUAUGUGUCUGUCAUCUCAGGGACGCGGUGCUGAAAGGGACUGGGACUGACUAAGAGCUCGAUAUGGUGAGCGUCAGGAAUUAUUAGAACUGCUGAAACCUCCACAAGAAGCAUUUUUUAAGUAACAGUCACAGCCUACACUGUUGUUGCCAUUGGCAGGGAUCAGAUCCCAGGCUUUGGUCUACACACGUCCUGUUGAUAUUUUGCUGUAUUCUGUGUUCUCUGUCUGUUUGUUCAGGUCAUCCGGUGAACCCUAACUCAGAGCCUGCUGCACGAUUUAAAGAUAAUAUUCUGUCCCCCUCCCCCACAUCCACAUAGAGACUGAGAUAAACAAAUCUCUACUGGGACCUGCAGCAGGAUUGGAGUGGUUCAAUUGAUUCUGGAGUUGAGCAGUGUUUCAUUUAGAUACACAGAUGUGUGAGUACACAACACUGCCUUUAGCUCAAAUUCUCUGUAGAAUUCUCUCUCACCUCUGCUUUUCAACGUCUGUCUGAUCUGAUAUGGAAUCAAUGAAUAGCCUGAGUGUACAAAACAUUAAGAACACCUUCCUAUUAUUGAGUUGCACCCCUUUUGCCCUUCGAACAGCCUCAAUUCGUCAAGCAUGGACUAUAAGGUAUCGAAAGCGUUCCACAGGGAGUCCAUAUUACCGCAGAAACACACUCAACUGCACGAAUGCCAGGCCGUCCCGUUUUCAGUCAGCUGUUCAUUCCCCAAAAAAUAAACAUAUUUCUUUCUACGCAUAUGACUGUUAAUUUAUUUCAUGACGGUAUUCAUCCAUAACCGUCGGUUACAAGGUUGUGCCAGCCCUACUCAUCUGUAAUGAAAGAACUGCUAUGAAAGUUACUAUCUCCAGCCCUGUUUCCGGCAGCAUCUGAUUGCUGUGGCUCACUGAAGCCGAGUGCAAUGGUGCCAAACCACUUUAAAUAGUCUGACGGAUCAUUUCACACCAGUGCCGCCCGGCACCUGAGUUUCAGAAAGGAAGCAGCCUAGAUGGAGCUGUUGUUUUUGUUGGUGUACCAGGACUAUAGCAUUUACUGGCACCCAUCUCCACCCACACUUCUGACAAGUCUGACUGAGACUCCAGAAGAGUGGGGAUGUGAUGUACUGCAACUCACUGACACGCAGAGAGGAGGUGUAGGUAGAGAGAACAGGAAAGGAAAGAAGAUGUUAUUAAUAUGGCGGUUCGUCAUGUUGCUGGUGAUAUGCUUGUGUAGAUAAAGGCCUUGUGGUUGGCUAACCUCCUUAAGAGUUUUAAUGAGAGAGUAGCUACUGGAGGUCAAAGAGACAGGCUGAUCUACAUGUCCACAGACCGGUUAGGUGGGAGAAACUGAGAGGCUGGUUGUUGGGACUUUGAUCAACUCAGAGGACCUUGAUGUCCAGGAUCUUCACAAAGCACAGGAAGGGGAGGGGACAAUGAUUUUCCACGGCAACAGGAUCCAUUAGAGCUGCUCUUCCGUAGCAACAGCUGGGAGGAUCAGAGCAGAAUUUAACCAGAGUUUAUCCUGCCAGCAGAAAAGUUGAGCCAGGAGAGAUAUUAACACAAACACUUGCUUACAACACACUCUCUCACCACAAGCUGCUGUGCUGGAAAGUGACACGCAGUGUGACCUGCUGGGUGUCAGUAGAGGCAGAGUGACCACCUGUCCCUGGCUGCCUCAUUGUAGACCAUCCCCUCGCCUGCCUGUCACGCAUGCCAGCCAGCCAGGUGCCAGCCAGCCAGCGAUACUGCUCCGGUGAGAAGGAGUUGUGUAAUAUGUGGAUCUGUUCAGUCCCUGAUAGCGUUCCUCCAGUGUGGUGAUUCACUUCACCUGACAUUAUAGGGACAUUACUGGGAUCAUCUUGCUCUCUCCUUCUUUCAUUCCCUCACACACACUUCCUUCCCUCUCACCAUCACCACGGCUCCCCCUACUCCUCCUCCUAGUGCAGAGAUUUGCUGCAUUAACUCCAGUCAUAUGACUAUGAAGUCAUGUUGCUGGAAAUACACUGCUCAAAAAAAUUAAGGGAACACUAAAAUAACACAUCCUAGAUCUGAAUGAAUGAAAUAAUCUUAUUAAAUACUUUUUUCUUUACAUAGUUGAAUGUGCUGACAACAAAAUCACACAAAAAUGAUCAAUGGAAAUCAAAUUUAUCAACCCAUGGAGGUCUGGAUUUGGAGUCACCCUCAAAAUUAAAGUGGAAAACCACACUACAGGCUGAUCCAACUUUGAUGUAAUGUCCUUAAAACAAGUCAAAAUGAGGCUCAGUAGUGUGUGUGGCCUCCACGUGCCUGUAUGACCUCCCUACAACGCCUGGGCAUGCUCCUGAUGAGGUGGCGGAUGGUCUCCUGAGGGAUCUCCUCCCAGACCUGGACUAAAGCAUCCGCCGGACAGUCUGUGGUGCAACGUGGCGUUGGUGGAUGGAGCGAGACAUGAUGUCCCAGAUGUGCUCAAUUGGAUUCAGGUCUGGGGAACGGGCGGGCCAGUCCAUAGCAUCAAUGCCUUCCUCUUGCAGGAACUGCUGACACACUCCAGCCACAUGAGGUCUAGUAUUGUCUGGCAUUAGGAGGAACCCAGGGCCAACCGCACCAGCAUAUGGUCUCACAAGGGGUCUGAGGAUCUCAUCUCGGUACCUAAUGGCAGUCAGGCUACCUCUGGCGAGCACAUGGAGGGCUGUGCGGCCCCCCAAAGAAAUGCCACCCCACACCAUGACUGACCCACCACCAAACCGGUCAUGCUGGAGGAUGUUGCAGGCAGCAGAACGUUCUCCACGGCGUCUCCAGACUCUGUCACGUCUGUCACAUGUGCUCAGUGUGAACCUGCUUUCAUCUGUGAAGAGCACAGGGCGCCAGUGGCGAAUUUGCCAAUCUUCGUGUUCUCUGGCAAAUGCCAAACGUUCUGCACGGUGUUGGGCUGUAAGCACAACCCCCACCUGUGGACGUCGGGCUCUCAUACCACCCUCAUGGAGUCUGUUUUUGAGCAGACUCAUGCACAUUUGUGGCCUGCUGGAGGUCAUUUUGCAGGGCUCUGGCAGUGCUCCUCCUUGCACAAAGGCGGAGGUAGCGGUCCUGCUGCUGGGUUGUUGCCCUCCUACGGCCUCCUCCACGUCUCCUGAUGUACUGACCUGUGUCCUGGUAGCGCCUCCAUGCUCUGGACACUACUCUGACAGACACAGCAAACCUUCUUGCCACAGCUCGCAUUGAUGUGCCAUCCUGGAUGAGCUGCACUACCUGAGCCACUUGUGUGGGUUGUAGACUCCGUCUCAUGCUACCACUAGAGUGAAAGCACCGCCAGCAUUCAAAAGUGACCACAACAUCAGCCAGGAAGCAUAGGAACUGAGAAGUGGUCUGUGGUCACCACCUGCAAAACCAGUCCUUUAUUGGGGGUGUCUUGCUAAUUGCCUAUAAUUUCCACCUGUUGUCUAUUCCAUUUGUACAACAGCAUGUGAAAUUUGUCAAUCAGUGUCGCUUCCUAAGUGGACAGUUUGAUUUCACAGAAGUGUGAUUGACUUGGAGUUACAUUGUGUUGUUUAAGUGUUCCCUUUAUUUUUUUGAGCAGUGUAGUUUCUCUACGGGUGUAAUUACAUUGUAUAAGAAUUUCUGCUAUUUCAUAGAGACAGAAGGCAUGUGGAUGAGGAUGCAUUCAUUUAGUGGGAUUAUUAUCAACCUAAAUGAAUGUCCUGAGUGCAUCAUAAGUAGAUUGUUUUGGGUUCCAGUAACUGACUGGGAGCCUGCUGUACAAUGUGUGAUGAUGGAGGGAGGGAAGGUAGUCUAUACCCUGUGGUUCUACUGAGCAGUGGCACUGACUGACUGACUGACUGACCCAAUGGGGAUGCUGCUGAGUUUGAGAGCCAGACUGCUCUGAUGGGGGUUUAUUGCUGUGUUGAUAAUGUAGGCCUCGGGAAAUCAAACAACUUAAAUAUAGAAAUGGGGUAAUUCAGUCACUGCACUUCAUCACAUCUCUAUUAGUAUCUCCCCUGCCUGCCUGUCAAAUAGAAACAGAUCCAUUUCCCUGCUCCAUUAUGUAACACUGAUAGUCUGUCUUUUCCCAGGCAGAAUGCUGCAGUGUAGCUAUAGCCUAAUUGUUAUCCCUGGCCUCUAGUUUAGAUGAUGUAACAGUCAUUGCCAGUUCAUGCACAGACCUGCUGCAGCAUGCUGUGGCUAUAGAUGCAGAUCCAUGGCCCAUGCACGGUUUUGAGAGGGGAACAGCCCUGACCCAUGGGAGUAUGUUAAAUCUUUCCUGGAAGUAGAAGGUUGACUCAUCUCUCACCCCCUCCUGCCCCCCCACCACUCUGCAGGCCCCACCCCUUCUCUCCCAGUAUUCAGUAUGCCUGUGUGCUCUGUCUGGUUGCUGAGGCUGGCAGUAAAGGCUCACUACACACACAGCUGUGCUCUUUGCCGUCAUUACCACUCUAAAAAAUACUGCUCCACAUUUUAGAAAACGAAAGUCCAAAAAUCUGUCUAAUUUUGUGCAGCCAUGCUCUGGUGGCCGUCCGUCUGCUGUCUCGUUGGGUGUGUGCAGAAUAGGGAAUCUGGAGACCAAUACCUGGCUGUACUGUAGGGCAUGUUCUACCAGUUGUGCACAGUGCUGAAGAAAGGCAUCCAAUAGAAUAUAGUACAUUGUACCUACAGUGGUACAUGUUGCAGAAGUUUCACACAUAGUCUGCGUUCUGCAGUCAAAUCCCCCAGUGGAUUCUCUGAGAAUUGAUUAGAGACAGGUUAUAAUAAGGAAGGCCUGUAAAGUGAAAUCUUCCUGACGGGAAUUAAAUGCACCUGUCCCUGUGCCACUGCUUCUUUGAUUGCACUGUGGAGUGUGUCUCCGGUUGGUGUGCCAAGGUUAAGUGUUGUGUGGUAAUUGAGUGUGUUCUCCCAGUGGGGGCUGUCUGUCUAAUGGUUGGCUGAAUCACUCACUAACAGACAUUAGCAUAAUGCUUUGCUCUCUGAAGGGUCUCAAACAGAGAGGGCCAACUGCUUCACCUGUCUUAACACUGCCGUAUCAUAAUAAUAAUAAUAAUAAUAAUAUGCCAUUUAGCAGACGCUUUUAUCCAAAGCGACUUACAGUCAUGCGUGCAUACAUUUUUGUGUAUGGGUGGUCCCGGGGAUCGAACCCACUACCUUGGCGUUACAAGCGCCGUGCUCUACCAGCUGAGCUACAGAGGACACACACUCUGUGUGUGUGUGUUUGAGAGACAGUUUUUGGCACAACGUCAAUUAGGCUGAACUCUCUGUGUUGAUGGUAGAUAUUGGUCUAGUCAAGUAGUGUUCUAAGUGCUAGACAGAAAGUAAAUUAAAGCAAACUCAGGCAGCUCCUUCUCUGACAGCACUUUAUGGACAUACAUUUGUUAACUCUCUCCCCCAUACAUUCUGUUGUUAUGGUGUUCUCAAGUACCACUAUCAUCAGACAGGCUGCAUCUUCUAGCACUAAGCAGUAAGACUGACCCCAUUGUUUGGUCGAUAAGCUGUUGAUCGACCAAGAUUUCUUUAGUCGAGCAGUAGCAAAAAACGUUUCUUUCCCUGUCUGAUUCGCUCCUGUCUGAUUCGCUCCUGUCUGAUUCGCUCCUGUCUGAGUGGACUAAUCCAUUGUGGAGGCCGUGGGCAUGGCACAGUCCUUCACUCUAAGACGUGCUACUGAAAUUGUAUAUGGUUAAGUACAAUGGUGCAAAACUAAUACAAAUUAUAUCAUUUUAUAACAAAUGCACUUUCUCCCGCGUUUGAUAGCGGUUGCUGUCCACCGUUCUGAAACAUCAGUACGCUGUUGAAUUGGCGCCUUUUCCUAGACCAUGUUGCUAUGUGCAUAAUAGCAAAGUUAACCAGUAUAUUGGUGUUGAGAACAAUGUAGCAGAGGCAGCAGCGGAGUUAGGAGACGAGAAAACUGCCCUUGCCUUAAUUGUCUAAGAAAAGUAAGGAGAGAGGAAACCUCAGCUUAAUUAGGUCUAUAAUCAAUAGCCUAACUGUUAAAUAUGCCUGGCUUUAUAAAUCAUCCAUAUAUACAGUGCCUUCGGGAAGUGUUCAGACCCCUUGACUUUUUCCACAUUUUGUUACAUUACAGUCUUAUUCUAAAAUGGAUUAUAGAAAGAAGAAAAAAAUCCUCAUCAAUCUACACACAAUACCCCAUAAUGACAAAGAGAAAACAGGUUUUUAGAGUUUUUGGCAAAUUUAUACAAAAUUAAAAACAUACCUUUUAGUAUUCAGAACCUUUGCUAUGAGACUCGAAAUUGAGAUCCGGUGCAUCCUGUUUCCAUUGAUCAUCCUUGAGAUGUUUCUACAACUUGAUUGGAGUCCACCUGUGGUAAAUUCAAUUGAUUGGACAUGAUUUGGAAAGGCACACACCUGUCUAUAUAAGGUCCCACAGUUGACAAUGCAUGUCAGAGCAAAAACCAAGCCAUGAGGUCGAAGGAAUUGUACGUAGAGCCCCGAGAAAUGAUUGUGUCGAAGCACAGAUCUGGGGAAGGGUACUAAAAUAUUUCUGCAGCAUUGAAGGUCCCCAAGAACACAGUGGCCUGCAUCAUUCUUAAAUGGAAUAAGUAUGUAAUCACCAAGACUCUUCCUAGAGCUGGCCUCCCAUCGAAACUGAGCAAUCGGGGAACAAGGGCCUUUGUCAGGGAGGUGACCAAGAACCCGAUGGUCACUCUGAUAGAGCUCCAGAGUACCUCUGUGGAGAUGGGAGAAUAUUCCAGAAGGACAACCAUCACUGCAGCACUCCACUAAUCAGGCCUUUAUGGUAGAGUGGCCAGACAGAAGCCACUCCACAGUAAAAGGCACUUGACAGCCCGCUUGGAGUUUACCAAAAGGCACCUAAAGACUCUCAGACCAUGAGAAACAAGAUUAUGGUCUAAUGAAACCAAGAUUGAACUCUUCGGCCUGAAUGCCAAGCGUCACGUCUGGAGGAAUCCUGGCACCAUCCCUACUGUGAAGCGUGGUGGUGGCAACAUCAUGCUGUGGGGAUGUUUUUCAGCGGCAGGGACUGCGAGACUAGUCAGGAUCGAGGCAAAGAUGAACGGAGCAAAGUACAGAGAGAUCCUUGUUGAGAACCUGCUCCAGAGCGCUCAGGACCUCAGACUGGGGUGAAGGUUCACCUUCCAACAGGACAAUGACCCUAAGCACACAGCCAAGACAACGCAGGAGUGGCUUCGGGACAAGUCUCUGAAUGUCCUUGAGUGGCCCAGCCAGAGCCCGCACUUGAACCCGAUCGAACAUCUCUGGAGAGACCUGAAAAUAGCUGUGCAGCGACGCACCCCAUCCAACCUGACAGAGCUUGAGAGGAUCUGCAAAGAAGAAUGGGAGAAGCUCCCCAAAUACAGGUGCUCCAAGCUUGUAGCGUCAAACCCAAGAAGACUCGAGGCCGUAAUCGCUGCCAAAGGUGCUUCAACAAAGUACUGAGUAAAGGGUCUGAAUACUUAUGUAAAUGUGAUAUUUCAACAACAACAAAAAAAUUGUUGUGCAAAAAUGUCUAAGAACCUGUUUUUGCUUUGUCAUUAUGGGGUAUUGUGUGUAGAUUGAUGAGGGGGAAAAAGCAAUUUAAUCAAUUUUAGAAUAAGGCAAAAUGUGGAAAAAGUAAAGGGGUCUGAAUACUUUCCGAAUGCACUGUAUCUCCAGAAAUAAGACAGAUCCUGCUUCUGUUGCCUGUUUAAUAGCCUACUGAUUCCGUGAGCACCAACCACGUCGGAUAAACAAUUUCACAAAUUCGGCUGUUUUUAAUCUGUGUUAUGCUAUAAUAAAGGCUUAAAUUUUUUCUCCCCAAUUUCUUGAUAUUCAAUUGGUAGUUAAGAUCUUGUCUCGUCGCUGCAACUCCCCUACGGACUCGGGAAAGGCGGAGGUCGAGAGUCAAGCAUCCUCCGAAACACGACCCUGCCAAGCCGCACUGCUUCUUGACACACUGCUCGCUUAACCCGGAAACCAGCCGCACCAUUGUGUCGUAGAAAACACUGUCCAACAGACGACCGAAGUCAGCUUGCAGUCGCAAGCCCCGCCACAAGGAGUCGCUAGAGCACGAUGAUACAAGGAAUUCCCGGCCGGCCAUACCGUCCCCUAACCCGGACGACGCUGUGCCAAUUGUGCGCCGCCCCAUGAGUCUCCCAGUCACGGCCGGCUGUGACACAGCCUGGGAUCAAACCUGAGGCUGUAGUGGCGCCUCAGCACUGCGAUGCAGUGCCUUAGACCGCUGUGCCACUUGGGAGCCGGUAUUACUUAUAAUUAAUUUAGUGUUUACAGCCUGUUCCAAAUUGUCAGAACAAUUAUAUUUAUAAAAAUAACCCUAAUUUUUCUUGAUCUCCUUCUUAUUGUUAAUAUUAUUAUUUAUUAUUGUUGUUGUAAUAAUAAUAAUAAUAAUAAUAAUAAUAAUAAUAAUAAUAACAAUAAUAAGUAAUGUCAUUAUCAUUAUUAGUAUAGCAGACUUGUAUAUACUAAUUGUGGUCCUCUGUAGCUCAGCUGGUAGAGCACGGUGCUUGUAACGCCAAGGUAGUGGGUUCGAUCCCCGGGACCACCCAUACACAAAAAUGUAUGCACGCACGACUGUAAGUCGCUUUGGAUAAAAGCGUCUGCUAAAUGGCAUAUUAUUAUUAUUAUUAUUAUAACCAACAUCGAGCUGUAGGCCUAAGAGCGCACCCUGUUUAGUCUUAAUACCGCAACUUACUUAGGCCUAUAUUUCAAUACUUAUAUAGGCUACUGUAUCAAUCAAUCAUUUAUUAGUUAAUGUCAUCACACAGCAUAUGAGUCAUUCAUGAUUUGAAAUGGAAUCAAGCUUUUUAGUUUUAAAAUAAAAGAUCAAAGCAACCCUUGAAUAAUUAGCGUAAACAAUAAAUAAACCGUUCCAUUUCAGCAAUUGGAUUCACGAAUGCAGGCUACUGUUUUUAGUCUUUGCUGUAAUAAAGGCUUUACAAAAAAUUUGUAUAACGUUACAACAUACUCUCUGGUACGCUUAUCAUUUAUUUAGUGUUUACAUUGUUCCAAACGGUCAGACAACGAAUAUAGUAAGCUAACAGCACCUGUUUGGCACACAUGCUUCUUACAGUGGGGAGAACAAGUAUUUGAUACACUGCCGAAUUUGCAGGUUUUCCUACUUACAAAGCAUGUAGAGGUCUGUAAUUUUUAUCAUAGGUACACUUCAACUGUGAGAGACGGAAUCUAAAACAAAAAUCCGGAAAAUCACAUUGUAUGAUUUUUAAGUAAUUAAUUUGCAUUUUAUUGCAUGACAUAAGUAUUUGAUCACCUACCAACCAGUAAGAAUUCCGACUCUCACAGACUUGUUAGUUUUUCUUUAAGAAGCCCUCCUGUUCUCCACUCAUUACCUGUAUUAACUGCACCUGUUUGAACUCGUUACCUGUAUAAAAUACACCUGUCCACACACUCAAUCAAACAGACUCCAACCUCUCCACAAUGGCCAAGACCAGAGAGCUGUGUAAGGACAUCAGGGAUAAAAUUGUAGACAUGCACAAGGCUGGGAUGGGCUACAGGACAAUAGGCAAGCAGCUUGGUGAGAAGGCAACAAUUGUUGGCGCAAGUAUUAGAAAAUUGAAGAAGUUCAAGAUGACGGUCAAUCAUCCUCGGUCUGGGGCUCCAUGCAAGAUCUCACCUCGUGGGGCAUCAAUGAUCAUGAGGAAGGUGAGGGAUCAGCCCAGAACCACACGGCAGGACCUGGUCAAUGACCUGAUGAGAGCUGGGACCACAGUCUCAAAGAAAACCAAAAGUAACACACUACGCCAUCAUGGAUUAAAAUCCUGCAGCGCACGCAAGGUCCCCCUGCUCAAGCCAGCGCAUGUCCAGGCCCGUCUGAAGUUUGCCAAUGACCAUCUGGAUGAUCCAGAGGAGGAAUGGGAGAAGGUCAUGUCGUCUGACGAGACAAAAAUAGAGCUUUUUGGUCUAAACUCCACUCGCCGUGUUUGGAGGAAGAAGAAGGAUGAGUACAACCCCAAGAACACCAUCCCAACUGUGAAGCAUGGAGGUGGAAACAUCAUUCUUUGGGGAUGCUUUUCUGCAAAGGGGACAGGACGACUGCACCGUAUUGAGGGGAGGAUGGAUGGGGCCAUAUAUCGCGAGAUCUUGGCCAACAACCUCCUUCCCUCAGUAAGAGCUUUGAAGAUGGGUCGUGGCUGGGUCUUCCAGCAUGACAACGACCCGAAACACACAGCCAGGGCAACUAAGGAGUGGCUCCGUAAGAAGCAUCUCAAGGUCCUGGAGUGGCCUAGCCAGUCUCCAGACCUGAACCCAAUAGAAAAUCUUUGGAGGGAGCUGAAACUCCGUAUUGCCCAGCGACAGCCCCGAAACCUGAAGGAUCUGGAGAAGGUCUGUAUGGAGGAGUGGGCCAAAAUCCCUGCUGCAUUGUGUGCAAACCUGGUCAAGAUCUACAGGAAACAUAUGAUCUCUGUAAUUGCAAACAAAGGUUUCUGUACCAAAUAUUAAGUUCUGCUUUUCUGAUGUAUCAAAUACUUAUGUCAUGCAAUAAAAUGCAAAUGAAUUACUUAAAAAUCAUACAAUGCGAUUUUCUGGAUAUUUGGUUUAGAUUCCGUCUCUCACAGUUGAAGUGUACCUAUGAUAAAAAUGACAGACCUCUACAUGCUUUGUAAGUAGGAAAACCUGCAAAAUCGGCAGUGUAUCAAAUACUUGUUCUCCCCACUGUACCUUCUUUUUCUUGAUUUCCAGUAUUUUCCACAACUAGUCAAAUUGAUUCCACACAUCUGACUUCCCCUUUACCUCCUGAGCAACCAGUAAACAUUCCCCCAUUUCGUGUUUAUUUAUCAUGUCCUCUGCGUCCAUUUUUCUGUCACGUGUUACGGUGUUCAGAGUUUGUUAUAACCAAUUUAUUGAUGCGUUUAUGAUAUGCAAUAGGUCAGGCCCUAUUGGUCACGUGCAUACGAUGCAUACAUGUGUCAUAUAAAGAGAGGAAGGGUUAAGGGAAUGUUUUUCCUAAACAAAUGAGAGAUUUCGGUAGCACAACUUUUUAGUCAGAAAUAGCUGUAAUAACAUUGCAGUUUCUGCAACACGGACAGCGCGAUAAACAUUGUUGAUUUCUGUGGUGGUCGCUGCAGCAGGGAGGAGAGAGACAAUUGGUGCUAGUCACACAGUCACUCGCUGUCUUUUUUUUUUUUUUUUUUUACACAGCGCAGCAAGUCUGAGCCCGGCCCUGCACAGUCAAAUCAAUUGUGGUCGGACUCCCUCUAGUCAUUUGUGUGUCUUAAUUAUUUCAUCAAACAUUGAACUUAAAGCAUCAGACAAGCUCAGUGCAUAUAGUUGAUUUGAUUAAAAUACAUAGGAUGUCUAUAUAUGGAAAAAUACACGUUUUAACAUUUAGACCAAUCAAUUGGUCGAAAGAAUAGACGACUUUCGGUCGACAAAGAUUUUUAUUUUGUCAGGGACAGCCCUACUAAGCAGUAACUAAGACUGUCUUAGGGUGUGGUUUAGGGGAAGUGGUUAUGAGUGGUAUGAGUCAAGAGUGUGUUUGUAUAACAAAAACAAACAUUCCUGACCUUGAUUGUUGGCAAUACUGUGUGACUGUCAACAACACAAAUGAACACAGAUUAGUCUAUACAUUUUCUUUGACAGGCCUAGUCAGUAGUCACAAGAUGGGCUAUUUCAGGUUCCCUUUCUCUCCUAUUGUUGCCGGCGUUGAGUGCACCCACAUGCCCGCCUGCUUACCGGAGCACUAGUAAAGAUCCAAUUACACAAUGGGAAACUGGGUGCAGGGUGAGCCGACUGCUGGGCCAUGCUUAAUUAGAUAGCUUAAGGUGUCCACCCCACACCUGGCCCCUCCGCUCUCCCACUCUCCAUCGGUCUCUGUUUUCUUUGUGUGUUUGUCUGAAGACUUCCCAGGAUGGGCCAUUCAAAUGGGGCUUGUGUGUCUGUGACUCACGUUGUCUCCUGACUCUGGGUUAGUUGUGUAACCAACCAUGUGUCCACUAACACCCCAGCAGCCCUGAGGGGAGCCUUAAUCGGAGAGCAGCUCUGGGCAGGGAUGCCCAUGUCAAUUACAGCUGCCAUUUGUUACCCAGUGAGAGGGCCUGGGCCUCCCUCUGUUAUCAACAAAGCAAAUUAGGAGGGCCGUUGUUGUGAAGUGCUGUAGCUGUGAUUAAUCUUAGAUGGCCCUCACUUCAUCCUAAACUAAGAAGGAACAGAGGGGAAAUGGCCAGUGGUUUUGUUUGUCUUGUUCUCAGCGUUUACAAAUCCAAGAGAGAAAUAUGACAAGAUACAUUUUAACUGUCCAAUUGUUGCAGUCACAAUGGGUCACUUUUAUUCACUGAAGAUGCAUGUUGUCUAAUAUGUGAGAUUUUCCCUAAUGUUGUUCUCCAUCAUGCCAUUAUUGGGAAAUACAAUCUAUAAUGCAUUCACGUCAUUGGUUUGUUGACAGUCAAUAGGCUCAUCCUCAUGGACUCACACAGAUGUAACCUACGAGUCUGUUCCAUUUCAUAUCCUAUUCACAUGGAUUAAGAGCCAGGAUAUUAAUAUUAUGAUUCAUGACUCAUCCUGAAAAAUGGUUGAUGAAACUGAGCAAUAAUGUCUAUCUCUUAAGGCCUUCCCACACUGUAUGUGCGAUGUUACCAAAUUAAAAUCUUGCUAUCAACCUGGCCAGAUUGUAUGAUUUUCUUCAGUUCUGUCGUCACAUUCUGCGAUUGGCUUGCGAGGCCACGUCAGCCUGCAGCAGUGUAUUUCAUCUGCGUACGUGCCAGCACCAGCAGCGCAAUCCUCACUCUAUGCUUAUGUGUGAGUGAAGUGAGUUCGGACAAUUUUAAAGUAUGCAUAUUUAUAUGUCCCAAAAAUAACAUGGUCGCUGUGGGAGAAUGUUUAUUUUGAUUGGGGAUUUUGUACAUUUAUCAAAAUCCCAUCAAGGGAAAUCUUCUUCUUGCAAAGCAUGUAAACGUUUAAAUCAAACUAUGUUAUAUUCAUCUGACUAUUCACAAUAGUUGUAUUAUUGUGUGCAUAUCAUGUGGCUGGCCGUAACACCAGCCACUAUACGAUAAAGGCUCAAUUUCUGGCACUGCGAGAACUUUGUUGGAGCCUACGACCCUUAGAAAUUAAAACCAGUAGAUAGUGAUAGCGCUAACGGCAUCCAUGUAUUCCUAUGGAAAACUCCCGAUGGCGCAUGAAGCCGGAAGUAUUGAUAUGAGUGAUAUGGAGUAAUGAUUUACUUGACCUGUGUUCUGAUAAGAGAUUGGUGUGAUUCUUUGGAGGUCCCAGCCCAGGCCUCUGAGUCAUCAGGACUUUAUAGGAAAUAUUCUUCCUGAACAAUAGACGUGUGCUGCUGAACUAUCUAAAGAAUUUGCACAUCCAUUAAGAUGUUUCUCAAAUAACAACCACUUUCUAUUGUCUCCCCUAAGAGAAGUUGAAGGCCCUAUGUGUCUGUAUUUAUUUUCCCUUUAUUUUCCUUUGCUGUGAAAUGAAAAGGGUCUUACAGCCUAGUAGUCUGUCUGUGUUGGGAGACACUGGUUUGGCGUUGUACUUGCCCUAAUCUUUCUCCUGUCAUUUUGGCUGCAUAGAUGUUUACUGAACCAUGAGCAGGAAUGUUGGAGGUACUAAAUGGGGUCUGGGUAGUGUAGUAAUGUCUUUUCAUGUUCCUCCCUUGCAGGCAUUUCAAUCUGCGGAUGAAGAGGGACACCAGCCUGUUCUCUCCAGACCUCACAGUAGAGGUGUCAGGAGAGGAGGCUCCCUACGACACCUCCCACAUUUACACUGGAGAAAUCUUCGGUAAGUCCAGCAAUUAUUUCUGGAACGACAAAGUCCUUGUGCACACAGGCACAAUUACGAUAGUUACCAGGGAAACGCUUUCCGCAUCCAAUUUGUUUAUUUGCUUUUGCGUUCAUCUGUUGUGUGUGGGUGUGCGCCAGUGUGUUGUUGUGGGAUUGGUAGCGUUGGCUGGCUGGAGUUCGAUGUAAAAGCCCAGCCACCAUGAAGCUGUGGUUUUGAACGUUGUUAAUGGAUAUCAUUCUCCACUCCUCUGUCUGUCUGUCUGUCUGUCUGUGUGUGUGCGUAUACGUGUGGAGAAUGUGUUGGUCUCGUUCCAGCCUCACAUCCUCAGGAUCCUCCCCCUCCCCCGCCCCAUGCCUGCAGCAGAGCUCAUAUAUAACACGAGGGGAAAACAAGGCCAAGGUGUGUCCGUCCGGUCAUGUGACGUGGUGUGUUUGUGUGAAGCUCUCAGAUCUCAGCGGGCUCAGCUCCACUCCCACCUCAUCAUUCACAGAUGCUGUCAUCUAUCUUCUCCUCUGCUGAACAGACUGUAAUUCAAAUCAGACUCCACUGGAGCACUUCUCAUCUCUAUCAAAUGGAAAUCUUGAGAUCUGUUUCCUUUUAGAGAAGCAGCACUGUGUCGUUCCAAGGACGACGAUGUUGUAGCCUAUUUCUCAGAUCUGUAAUGUAGAGGGAUUUGUAAUGGAAUGAAAAGGUUUGUCCGGACCAAGCCUUUUCUUGUCAGUAAUAAAGGUGGACAUUCAAAGGUGGAUUUUUAUUUAGUGCACACAAAAUUUACUUUUCCGCUUACAUUUUCAUGUACCGAAUAAAAAUGUUAAGUUCAAUGUGUUUCCAUUGCAUUUUCGACUCUAGCGAUUGUUUUGUCACAAAAAGCGGUGCGUUAAAUAAUAAAUGUGCCUACUCUGGUCUUGGCACAUGUGCUCUAGCCAACAGCUCGCAGAUAGACUACAAUGCGGGUAGGCUGUGCAGGUAGGCUAGGCUACAUGAUGAGAUUAUUAUGGAUAAGAGCGAGAAUUUUUUUAUUUGUCAAAUGGCAGUCAAGCAUCGAUCAUCAUGUCACCAGAAUAAGACCCUCGAUGUUUAUUGGAAAGGAGCAUCAAACUCUUCACCGUGCAUUUUCACCACCCUGUGAAGCUCAUCAUAACUUAUUUCAUCUGUAGCCUAAUAAACUGCAUGGUUUCCCAAAUCGCAGUGGGAGGAUCACACACAAUAUCAUCGUGUGACUCCAAGUUCACUUCGAUAUGAUGAUUAUUAUAUCAAUAUUUGCGCAUAAAGUCAUUUCCACCGCCAUUUCUCGCAUAAUUAAUUUUACAGACACAAAGAUCCUACCAUGUCAAACAAACAAAUGAUCUAGAGGCAUUUAUAAACUUGUAUCGAAACUUCCGGUUUCCAUCCCAGCUGUCGUGAUUUUUUUUUUUUAUACUCAUAAAAACUGUGGAUGGAAACGUGGUUACUGAUACAUUUCAUUGCCAUAUUCACUCUGGCUUACUGAGGGAAUAAUUAGAAUAUGCAGAAGAUGAUGUUCAUGUCUACCGAGGCCUUGAUGUAUGACAGAGAACCUUAGGCUUUACAAAAUCAAAUCUAAAACCUUGCUUUUUUUCCCCCAAUUCUUUUUGUAAGUGGACAGUUUCCAUACGAGAGAUGAAGCGCUACAAGGAACACGUAAUAUUGUCCUCAAAAACGUAAUAGAUUUUUUCACGUUCUCCGAGCUUGAGGAGUUUGUUGGCAGUUGCUAAUCUUCAGAGAAAUGGUAGUCGGGUAAUCGUCAUGCAAUCACGCUUCAGCAAGCAAGGCAGCUUGCCAAAGGCAUAAUUGCUAAAAUAACAAAGUGUUACAUAAAGGUAAUACUCUAGAAUACUGCAAUUAGGGAUAAAGAUUGCACUCAGAGUUGGAUUGCAGUAAGUGGCAACAUCUUUCUCUCCUCAACCCUUUGCUGUAUAAUACAGUGCCUUCCGAAAGUGUUCAUAUCCUUUGACUUAUUCCAAAUGUAUUAAAUGAGAUACAGAAACAUUUUAAAUUUAAGUAUUCACAUCCCUGAGUCAAUACAUGUUAGAAUCACCUUUAGUAGCGCUUACAGCUGGGAGUCUUUCUGGGUAAGUCUCUAAGAGCUUUGCACACCUGGAUUGUACAAUAUUUGCACAUCAUUCUUUUUUCUUCAAGCUCUGUCAAAUUGGUUGUCGAUCAUUGCUAGACAGCCAUUUUCAAAUCUUGCCAUAGAUUCUCAAGUCAAAUUUGUAACUAGGCCACUCAGGAACAUUCAAAGUAGUCUUGGUAAGAAACUCCAGUGUAUAUUGGCCUUGUGUGAAUUUGUCUCCCAGUGUCUAUUGGGACGCUGACUGAACCAGGUUUUGUUCUAGGAUUUUGCCUGUGCUUAGCUCUAUCCCAUUUCUUUUUAUCCUUAAUAACUCCCUAUUCCUUGUCGAUGACAAGCAUACCAAUAACAUGAUGCAGCCACUACCAUGCUUGAAAAUAUGAAGAGUGGUACUCAGUGAUGAGUUGUGUUGGAUUUGCCCCAAACAUAACACUGUAUUCAGGACAUGAAGGUAAUUUCUUUGCCACAUUGUUUGCAGUUUUACUUUAGUGCUUUAUUGCAAACAGAAUGCAUGUUUUGGAAUAUUUGUAUUCUGUACAGGCUUCCUCAUUUUCACUCUCAUUUAGGUUAGUAUUGUGGAGUAACUACAAUGUUGUUGAUCCAGCCUCAGUUUUCGCCUAUCACAGCCAUUAAACUCUGUUUUAAAGUCACCAUUGGUCUCAUGGUGAAAUCCCUGAUCGGUUUCCAUCCUCUCCGGCAACCGAGUUAGGAAGGACGCCUGUAUCUUUGUAGUGACUGGGUGUAUUGAUACACCAUCCAAAGUGUAAUUAAUAACUUCACCAUGCUCAAAGAGAUAUUCAAUGUCUGCUUUUUUAAUUUUCCCCAUCUACCAAUAGGUGCCCUUCUUUGCGAGGCAUUGGAAAACCUCCCUGGUCUUUGUGGUUGAAUCUGUGUUUGAAAUUCACUGCUCGACUGAGGGACCUUACAGAUAAUUGUAUGUGUGGGGUACAGAGAUCAGGUAGUCAUUCAAAAAUCUUGUUAAACACUAUUAUUGCACACAGUGGGUUCAUGCAACUUAUUAUGUGAAUUGUUAAGCAAAUGUUUACUCUUUUUAACUUAUUUAGGCUUGCCAUAACAAAGGGGUUGAAUACAUUGACAUUUGAGCUUUUCAUUUUUUAUUAAUUAACAAACAGUGACCCAAAAUCUCAAUUUAAUCCAUUUUAAAUUCAGGCUGUAACACAACAAAAUGUGGAAAAGGUCAAGGGGUGUGAAUACUUUCUGAAGGCACUGUACAUCUCCGGCAGUGUGUGUUGUGUUAAGUGCAGUUGCUCAUCAGUUAGCCUCUGCCUGAUAUUAGAAGAACCGUGAACUGGUGGUAAAGCGGUAAUAUCCCCAGUCCCAUUCUCCCUUGAGUCCCUUCCUCCUCCACCUGUACCUCUGCAUUGCUUGCUGUUUGGGGUUUUAGGCUGGGUUUCUGUAAAGCACUUUGUGACAUCUGCUGAUGUAAAAAGGGCUUUAUAAAUACAUUUGAUUGAUAGCUAAUAGCUGUCUGUACUGUUAUGGGGAUGGGAGUAGGACCCAUCUGCUAGUGAAGUACUGUAAUCUAGUAGAGAGACAGACCAGACCACUCCAUUAUGUGUGAUCAGAUGUGCCUAUACAUUCAUUUUGUCAUUUGCCUCUCAUAAAGACCAGCAGACUCCACUCUCCUUACUUUACAUUAGCCCACUUAGCGCUUUGGGGACCAGGCAAUUUCAUGAACUAAAUGAGGUGGUUACUGUGGUCCCUGUCUACUGGAAUUCUCAUAAUUGGAGUGAAGCUGCUUGUAUCUGGACUGCAGUAGGGUUUCUGAUGAUAAGGUACAGGGGUAAAGAAUAUUCCAUUUCCACUGUCUAUAUGGCCACAUUAACCCAGCUCUCAUUAGUGUAGCAUGUUCUUUUCACUCCUCUUUCUCUCACAUGAAAGUCUUGUCAGUUGCCCUUGGGACCGGCCGUAUUCUCCUGACUUAAACUUGGAAUUAUGGGUACUCCCUUUGCUGAGGGUAUCAGUGUCUGAGGUAUGAGCACUCCUUGGUACAGUGAUCAGACUUGAUCCAUAUGUGAGCAGAGGAUGGGUCUAAACCCCUCUGCACUGGCCUUUCAUGCCCAGAGAAAGGGCUUCCUCUUUGGGCAAAUGAGCAGUGCCCAAGCUGUGCCUUCUGGAGAUCAGAAGGGGGACUCCGUUCCUGAAAUGAUAUCAGAACCAUAGGGCUCUCUUUAAUGUUACCAAGUGCUGCCCAGCAUUAGACCACAUAGAUUACAUUGGUCCUCACUCUGAUCUAAGCUGUAAGUGGGGAAAGUAUUAUUUAUGUAUGAUUAUGAAGAAAAUGGGACAGCAGAAAUGACACAUGAAGUCAUCUAGCUCCUGUAAGUCGCUCUGGAUAAGAGCGUCUGCUAAAUGACUAAAAUGUAAAUGUAAAUGUAAAUCUAAAGUGACAGUUAUUACUGUCAAUGAAUGGUCUCAGCAUAGCUCAAAAUUCCUUUCCCUAGUAUCCUGCUGAUUUUGUUUAGAUGGAGGUAAUCUAGCCUACAGUAUUAUUUUGAGCAAGCACCUCCAUUAUUGACUGUGGUUUGCUAUUACUCUAAUCCAGGGGCGGUGUGUUCAAUAGGGCGAUAUGGGCGACGCACUGCCAAACGGGAAAAGGAAGGGAUUUUUUUUCUAAUCAAUUAUAUCACGGCAACAGUAGUUAUCAGUGUUCUAAUCUGAUCUGACUGCCACUAAAUGUCAAAUCAGGCUAAAGUCGUGCUUCAAAUGGCCCCGCCCGUUUUUGGGGCGAUUUCAGUCAUGUUGAAAAUCACCCAGAAGUCUGUCAUAGACUCCCAUGUAAAAUCUAUUUUUUUCAAAUUUCAAAGCUUUCAAUACAAUCUCUAUGGGUGUCUGUGGGCUUGCACUUACGCGCUUUCGUCAUACGUGACGUAACCAUGAACGUAACUAAGAAAAUAGCGGCUAGCAGCGUCUCUGUUGCGACCUGCAGUGUGGCGUUAUCUUAUGUUUUUAAUUUGUACACUUAGUGGCGUUAUUUUAUGUUUUUAAUUUGUACACUUAGUUUACAAACAUUCUGCCAACCAUGGAUUUCCAGUGGUGGGUUUUGGACUGAUCUUGUUGAUCGUGUACAUACCCGCUACGAACGGACUAAAUAAUGAAAACGCUGCUGGCAGCGGAAUCCAAUACAGCUGGGAGACUUGGCUGGAUGACAGAGUCCCGGACAGAGAAGUGGAGCCGGCCGGCUUCACCCUGGUCAGAGCGGACCGCGAUCUGACACAGUCACAGGGAAAAUCGAUCCUGGUAAGAGAGCGACUCUAUACCCCCGACAUUGAACUGCUUUCUGUGUCACUGCGACCUUACUAUCUGCCCCGUGAGUUCCCCCAAUUGUUUGUUACCGUUGUGUACUGUUGAUAAUCACAAGUUUACUGGAGAACUGAGACCAAGUAGAGACUUUGGACAGGGUGGAUAUGGUAUAAUAAAGGCAGUUUAUUCAGAGGUAAAGAUAUCUGGAAUCGCGUGCACGGACUCGUUCGUCAAACUCUUAGGGAGCUAUCUGAAGAGAGCCCCGAAAACAUUGUGUGCAGACAUUUUAUACAAUAAAUGAUGUAGGUUGAAUCUAGUAGUUCUGAUCUUCUGAUUGGUCCUGAUGAGUUGGGCGAGGUCCCCUCCACUGUUGCAUUGGCUCUGAGUCGGGUUCUCUGUCUUCAAAUGUUCAGCCUAAAGAGAGGGGAUUUUUGUGUGUGUGUGUGUGUGUGUUUAACAGUGAUGAUGUGUGUGUGUGUGUGUGUUAUCAGUGAUGAUGUGUGUGUGUGUGUGUGUGUGUGUGUGUGUCCUCAGAGCAAGAACUCGUGAGUUGGAAGAACUGAGAGACCUAUGGCGUGGGUGUUGUCCUUGGCCACCUGCUGACAAGGCUGACAAGAUAGGACUCUUUUGUCCAUUGUUAUAGGAUAGGAACAGCAUUGAUUGAAAACAAACGCCCAACACAAAAUGGGUCAUGCACAAGAUUUUAGUCAGACCAAGCUAUAACAUUAUAUAUUUACUACGACAGUACAUUCAACCAAAAGCUAAUAUAACAAAGGCAUCAGAGAUUAUUUAUAAUCUGUCACAGAAACUGGAAUCCAUCUCCCCAGAUCAGUCAAUAAAUGCUUCUGGUAUUGACUUAUAUGCUGCCCCUGUCUUCAUGUUGUUGCUGGACAUAUCUUUUUUAAAAUGUGUGUAGGUCACCUAAAUCAUCAGAAAAAUUGCCCCUCCUGAGAAUUUUUUCAGGAGCCGCCACUGCUCUAAUCUAAUAUGUGCCUAAUGUACAGCAGUAACAUUAAUGGAAUGCACUUUCUGUUUUUCUCACUUUCAGUAUCAAAACUACUACCAAUACCAGUUAGUGUCCCAGUGUUUCCUGACAAACUACAUGGCUAGGGCCUGGACAAACCAGGGGAAACUAUGGGCCCUUUCCAUGGAACACACAGAGAAGAGAUUUAGAGAGAAAGAGCUGGAUGCUCCAUGGGACAGCUGUGUGUUCUGCUGCUCUUGUUAUCUCCAGCAGGAGAGCAGAGCAGACGGCCCCCAGCGGGCCUCUUUCCUCUGGAAACACAAACCUAACCUGGGAGAGAAGCUGGUUGGCUAGCUGGCUGGUUGGCUAGCUGGCUGGUUGGCUGUGUUUCUCUGUUUACGCUAAACUGCAACGGUCCCUCAGGAUAACUAUGAGACAAAAGCUCCAACAUUUUCACAACCAAUACUGAACUGAAGAGAGCAGCAGAUAAAAAUAAGUUGAGCUUCCUCCAUCCUGUGGAAAACAAGUCUUAUUCUCUCCCUGAUUAGUUAUCUUCUCCCAUUGAGUUGUCAGUCAUCUAUGUGCAGUUUUAUUAUAACCCUCCAGAGUCUGCUGUUUUUAUAACACAGGUUUUUUUUCUUCCAACCUGCAAAGGUUUUUCAAGGCGCUUGCUCUUGGCAAACACUGAAUGAAAAACCGUCCAGUCUUCCUCUGUCUGGUUGAAAGGCGGAUGAUGUUUAAUAGACUCUGCUAUGCCCUGAAAACAUUUGGUUUUAUUCCGUCUUACUCCCGUUACCAUUGUCAAGGCAGUGCUUCUUUCUCACUGGUUCCUUGAUUCUUCAAGCGUUAGUUGUGCCUUUUGUGUAAGAAGCCCAGCUGUUCUCUUAUUGUCCCUGACACUAACCAGAGUCCAAGCUCUUAUUACUAAAGUCAUUAUUUGUCUGAUUUGAAGGUCAGAUGAGAGGAGCAGGGAUGGGUCUUUAUGAUACAGACAGACAGGGAUAUGGUGGGCCCCACCCUGAUACUCUGCUCCAAGACGCUAUUCCCCCCAGGAACAGCUCACUGUCUACCAUCUGCUCAAUGUUUAGAGCUGCCUGUGUGUGUCCGUGUUUGUGUGUGUCCGCAUUAUGUUCUGUUAGUUUGUGUGUCAGCUUGCGUUGGUGUGUAUGUUUUGAGUGUGUUUCUCUCACACGUUGAGCAUUGACUUCCCUUCCUACCCCCAACUGAAUAGAGUUGAGUUGACCACCCUUCUUCAGCCACCUGACCUGAGUCUUUCUCCUCCAGGUGAGAAGGGCACUCUGACUCACGGCUCGGUGGUGGACGGCAGGUUUGAAGGCUUCAUCCAGACCCACCAGGGCAUGUACUACGUGGAGCCCUCGGAGAGGUACCUCAGAGACAAGGACGUACCUUACCACUCAGUCAUCUACCACGAGGGGGACAUCAGUGAGUAUACUCUGCUGCCAGUCACCCAGCAGGCCUGCUGGAGUCAUGGUGCCAACAUCACAGCACUAAAAUGAGUUAUGGCUGUCAUUAAUGUAAUAGGUAUAUUUUAUAGACUUAAAGGACGUGUUCGUUAAUGCUUUUGCUAUAUUGAUUCAGACAAUGUUGCCCAUACAAUAUGACUAUGGGUGUGUGUGUAUAUAUACACAAGCAGUCAGGAAAGCAAAGGCUAACUUUUUCAAACAGAAAUUUGCAUCCUGUAGCACUAACUCCAAAAAGUUUUGGGACACUUUAAAGUCCAUGGAGAAUAAGAGCACUUCCUCCCAGCUGCCCACUGCACUGAGGCUAGGAAACACUAUCACCACCGAUAAAUCUACAAUAAUCGAGAAUUUCAACAAGCAUUUUGCUACGGCUGGCCAUGCUUUCCACCUGGCUACCACUACCCCGGCCACCAACUCUGCACCCUCCGCUGCAACUUGCCCAUGCCCCCCCCCGCUUCUCCUUCACACAAAUUCAGACAGCUGAUGUUCUGAAAGAGCUGCAAAAUCUGGACACCUACAAAUCAGCUGGGCUAGACAAUCUGGACCCUUUCUUUCUAAAACUAGCCGCCGAAAUUGUCGCAACCCCUAUUACUAGCCUGUUCAACCUCUCUUUCGUAACGUCGGAGAUCCCCAGAGAUUGGAAAGCUGCCGCGGUCAUCCCCCUCUUCAAAGGGGGUGACACUCUAGAUCCAAACUGUUACAGACCUAUAUCCAUCCUGCCCUGCCUUUCGAAAGUAUUUGAAAGCCAAGUUAACAAACAGAUCACCGACCAUUUCGAAUCCCACCGUACCUUCUCCGCUAUGCAAUCCGGUUUCCGAGCUGGUCAUGGGUGCACUUCAGCCACGCUGAAGGUCCUAAACGAUAUUAUAACCGCGAUCGAUAAUAGACAGUACUGUGCAGCCGUCUUCAUCGACCUGGCCAAGGCUUUCGACUCUGUCAACCACCGCAUUCUUAUUGGCAGACUAAAUAGCCUUGGUUUCUCAAAUGACUGCCUCGCCUGGUUCACCAACUACUUCUCAGAUAGAGUUCAAUGUGUCAAAUCGGAGGGCCUGUUGUCUGGACCUAUGGCAGUCUCUAUGGGGGUGCCACAGGGUUCAAUUCUUGGGCCGACUCUUUUCUCUGUGUAUAUCAAUGAUGUCGCUCUUGCUGCUGGUGACUCUCAGAUCCACCUCUACGCAGACGACACCAUUUUGUAUACAUCUGGCCCUUCAUUGGACACUGUGUUAACAAACCUCCAAACGAGCUUCAAUGCCAUAGAACACUCCUUCAGUAGCCUCCAACUGCUCUUAAACAUUUUACAUUUACAUUUUAGUCAUUUAGCAGACGCUCUUAUCCAGAGCGACUUACAGUUAGUGAGUGCAUACAUUUUUAUUUGUUAUACUGGAAUCGAACCCACAACCCUGGCGUUGCAAAUGCCAUGCUCUACCAACUGAGCUACAUCCCUGCCGGCCAUUCCCUCCCCUACCCUGGACGACACUGGGCCAAUUGUGCGCCGCCCCAUGGGUCUCCCGGUCGCGGCCGGCUACGACAGAGCCGUAAAACUAAAUGCAUGCUCUUCAAUCGAACGCUGCUGGCACCCGCCCACCCGACUAGAAUCACUACUCUCGACGGGUCUGACCUAGAGUAUGUGGACAACUACAAAUACCUAGGUGUCUGGUUAGACUGUAAACUCUCCUUCCAGACUCACAUUAAGAAUCUCCAAUCCAAAGUUAAAUCUAGAAUCGGCUUCCUAUUUCGCAACAAAGCCUCCUUCACUCAUGCUGCCAAACAUGCCCUCGUAAAACUGACUAUCCUACCGAUCCUUGACUUCGGCGAUGUCAUUUACAAAAUAGCCUCCAACACUCUACUCAGCAAAUUGGAUGAAGUCUAUCACAGUGCCAUCCGUUUUGUCUCCAAAGCCCCAUACACUACCCACCACUGUGACCUGUACGCUCUUGUUGGCUGGUCCUCACUACAUGUUCGUCAUCAAACCCACUGGCUCCAGGCCAUCUAUAAAUCACUGCUAGGCAAAUCCCCGCCUUAUCUUAGCUCAUUGGUCACCAUAGCAGCACCCACCCGUAGUCUGCGCUCCAGCAGGUAUAUCUCACUGGUCAUCCCCAAAGCCAACACCUCCUUUGGCCGCCAUUCCUUCCAGUUCUCUGCUGCCAAUGACUGGAACCAAUUGCAAAAAUCUCUGAAGCUGGAGACACUUAUCUCCCUCACUAACUUUAAGCAUCAGUUGUCAGAGCACCUUACCGAUCACUGCACCUGUACACAGCCCAUCUGAAAUUAGCCCACCCAACUACCUCAUCCCUAUAUUGUUAUUUAUUUUGCUAUUUUGCACCCCAGUAUCUCUAUUUGCACAUAAUCUCUUGCACAUCUAGCAUUCCAGUGUUAAUUCUAAUUGUAAUUAUUUUGCACUAUAGCCUAUUUAUUGCCUUACCUCCAUAACUUGCUACAUUUGCACACACUGUAUAUAUAUAUUUUCUGUUGUAUUUUUUUGACUUUAUGUUUUUUUACCCCAUAUGUAACUCUGUGUUGUUGUUUUUAUUGCACUGCUUUGCUUUAUCUUGGCCAGGUCGCAGUUGUAAAUGAGAACUUGUUCUCAACUGGCUUACCUGGUUAAAUAAAGGUGAAAUGAAAAAAAUAAAAAUAAAUGUUAAUUGUUUUUUAGGGAUGUAGCUUUAGAAAUGAGAUGUUCAUUAUCCAAUUAAGCAGUUGAAACACAAUUUCAUUCCAAAUAACACAUAUUUUGUGCAGGCAAAGAUGGUUAUUUUUGGAAGCACAUGGGAUGGCUUGUUAACAACACAGUCAUUCGUCAGUGUUAUUCGCUUUGAAAGCGAAUGGAUUGAAUUGGCUGUAGCAGCUCUAAAUAGCAGUACCAUGGCUGUGCUCUUUUUAAUUGCAGUUGUUGUCAUCAACUGACAGCAGUGACUAAUCCAUGCUGGCUCGUUUGUCCCAGCUUUUCUCUCUCCACCUCUGCUACAUGCACAUCCCUCCCUAUCAUACUGUUACAGGACAGGGACCUUAGAUAGAGAGUAACACCGAAAGGCGAUUCUCUGCUGGAGGUAUUUAUUGUAAGCAGAGAUAUGGAUGGAUGUGUACCUAAAUGGACUGAAGGAUGGGGGGUGGGACAGCACAGGACCGGUUUCUCUAGGCUUGGAGGUAAGGUCUUAAAGGCUGUGGAAUGCAUUCUGAGCAGAGUGGAGGUCUACGGUUCAAAUACAAUUCAGAGCUGUCAGAGGAGAGGUCUAUCCAAGGGGAGUUUACAUUGGGCAUUUAGCCAGGUCAAGUCAAGGUCAUGUCAGAUGAACUGUGGAAUGGGUCUGAGCCAGAGGACACACACAGGGUCAGGGUUAGGCUGAGCCCUGAUGAUUGAUGUGGAAUCAGGAUGAGACGCCAGUGCCAGGGAGUGAAUCCUCUUCCUUAGCAACCAGCCCACCAAUUAUAGAUCAUUCUGAGGUGUGGGCUAAGCUCCAGAGACCAUUGACCCCACUCAUCCCAGUACAGGCCAGAGAGCAGCCCUCUCAGGCAGGCAGGGAGGAAGCAGCAUGGAGGCCCACCCUGUGUUGCUUGGCCCUCUCUUCCUCAGGUGGGGCUUUCACAGCCAGCCUGCCUGCUGACACACAGGCACAACCAGCCCAGCAUGAGCCUGCAAUCAGAGAACCUUUCUCUUAUGCUACUUCUCCACAAUGUAGGCCUACUCUCUCGCUCUUUCUCCUUUCCCUCUAUUUCUUCCCUGUCUCGCGCUCUUUGUCAUUUUCUAUGUCAGUAUGAGGUGUCAAGAAAGCUCUCACCCUCUAUUCCUCCUCCCAUCCCGCUCUUUCUGUUUAUCUGAAUGGUGUGAACAGAGCUUCUCUGUCCCUCAGUGUCAUAUCCAAUGACAGGCUGUCAUCUGAACCCCUCAAUAGUACUGCAGGGCUUGGCCACUGCACCUGCUUUGAGGUAGUUAUGCCCUACCCAUUCUUUUGUGUUCUUCACAUCUUUCUUCUUCUUUCCUUAGCAGAUCAUAUUGCCUGAGACAUUACAUGAAGGACCCCAUUUCAUAUUUUUUCCUUCACUAAUCUAUGAAGCGAAUGCCGGUGCCCCAAAUUGAGAUUUUCUGUCAAGUCAUGCUGCCAUGUGAAGUCAGGUCAGAGCACUGAUGGCAGCUCUCUUAUCUCAUUUGUGCCACUGUGGGUUAACAUGCUCCACACUGCCUCCUUGUGGUACAUCAUAUUUGUAUUUGCAUAGCCUUUCAUGUUAUCAGCUGUACAUUUACACAUAGUUGAGUCAUUUAUUAAUCUAACUUUGGCUACAUUCCUGUGACACAAUGAAGUAUCAAGUCCAUAUUGAUACAAGGGGACUGGGUAAAGACAAUCUUCCAAUAGACCUGUUUGAGAACUUCAUUCCAUUCAAAUUUUUACAUUUUAGUAAUUUAGCAGACACUCUUAUCCAGAGCGACUUACAGAAGCAAUUAGGGUUAAGUGCCUUGCUCAAGGGCACAUCGGCAGAUUUUUCACCUAGUUGGGUCGGGGAUUCGAACCAGCGACCUUUCGGUAACUGGCCCAAAGCUCUAACCGCUAGGCUACCUGCCGCCACAUUCUGUUCAGUGUAACAUUCAGGUUUCAGCCGUUUUAUUCAAACUGUGUCUUUAUCAACCUAUUAAUGAGUCUCUUCUCACUGAUAUCCUGUCUGCACUUGGAUGUUUUCAAAGACAUCAAAGACGCACUUCAAACAGGUUCAUUUUGUUGCGGAGGCUUUUUUCCUUGAAGAAACUGGCACCUAAUUUUAGAAUUCUCUUUCAUUUUACAUUACAUUUGACAUUUUAGUCAUUUAGCAGACGCUCUUAUCCAGAGCGACUUACAGUUAGUGAAUAUAUAUAUAUAUUUUUUUAUACUGGCCCCCCGUGGGAAUCGAACCCACAACCCUGGCAUUGCAAACGCCAUGCUCUAUCAACUGAGCUACAUCUUUCCUGUUGAAGCUGGUGUUGGUGAGAGAGGAAGGACAAAUGGUGGAUGGAUGGAAUAAAGAAUGAAAAGGCAUGACUGACUCUGACUCCCAUUUACCCCGGCUUUCACAACUUUGUCUUUCUUCGCUUCUCGUUCGCAAAGGCCUUUUGAUUAGCAUCUGAAUGAGAGGGCAUUCACUGCAGAGACAAUGACAGCUUUCUGUCGGGAAAUAGAGAAUACAUUGUCAGGGCAGAAUGUUUUGUUGUUCGGUCAAUCCGGUCAGUCCAGUACAGAGCCAUUCUCCUCAACUGACAACGGGGCACAGGUUGACCCUGAGCCCACUCUCUCCUCCUCCAACCCGUUGACCUGACUUCCCACUAGUGGCACUUUGUGGUGACUCAUCAUAUGAUAUGCAAAGCAAAAUGCAAAUGAACUGCGGUCAGUCAAUAGUGCUGUAAGUACGGCCAGGCUUUUGAGGAACGGCAUCCUGGCCCUGCAGCACUUACCCUGACUUUUAAAAAAAGCGACUAUAAAUAAAAUAAAGUGCCAAAAUAACUCCCCCGGCACUUUUCUGCCAUCGAAGAGUGUGAAUUAAAAUGUCUGUUUGUCCAAAUUUGUUUGAGGACAGGAGGAGGGUAGGAAGGUUGAGGGAGUGUGAAACGCUGGCUGAGUAUACUAUUUACUUGUAGGCUGCAGACCUGAGUGUGUGUGUGGCUUUGUCGGGACUGAGUUUGUGUUCUUUGGGACUGAGUGUGUUUUCCUCAAGUUUGGAGGUGUAUUCGUUGGCACUGUGUGUGUUCAUUACGGUGAUGCGUGUUCUUUAGGACUGUGUUUGUGUUUCUGGGAGCUGAGUGUGUGUGUGUGUGUGUGUGUGUGUGUGUGUGUGUGUGUUCCUUGAAUUUCCUCGGGCAGAGUGUGUGUUCCUUGAAUUUCCUCGGGCAGAGUGUGUGUUCCUUGAAUCUCCUCGGGCAGAGUGUGUUCCUUGAAUCUCCUCGGCAGAGAGUGUGUUCCUUGAAUUUCCUCGGGCAGAGUGUAUGUUCCUUGAAUCUCCUCGGGCAGAGUGUAUGUUCCUUGAAUUUCCUCGGGCAGUGUGUGUGUUCCUUGAAUCUCCUCGGGCAGAGUGUGUGUUCCUUGAAUCAGAGGCGUUGCUAUUGCUGCUCCCGCCAUGCAGGCUGGUGACUGACAAGUUAAUUUGGGAGGCUUAUAACAGCAGCUCUGCCGUGUCCUCCCAGCACUGCCAGACUCAGCCGGGGGAACUUGAGGACUAACCACUCACAAGGACUUAGUCUCACUCACAAUACAUCUACAUGAUGCCUAUAAGGCCUUGAAGAAUAGGACUGUGUACUGAGUUAUGUUUUUCUACAGUCUACACUACUAGACGCUACAAUAUGUCUUUGGAGUCCAUUUCCAUGCCAGUAUGUUGUGGUGGCCCUGGUUGUGAUGGAUGUAAGAGUGCUGAUUUUAAUGAGACGCAUGCAUGUACUGUAAUUACAUGAUCCUAGUUGUAGAAUUGAUUGCUUGUGUUUACUGGUGUGUUUUUGUUGUAAUUAGGGGGGCUUUCGCUAUUGACCAGAGCAGCGGCAUCGACUGUGUUGUGUACAUUAGGGAAAAGAUGCAGUGGCAGUGGAGAGAGGAGACCUCUAUUGAAGCGUGCAGUCAGCGUUAUUGACUCCAUCUCACUGUUUGUUACUAUCUGGGGGGAGGGAAGAAUCUCUCUGCUAGGAACUGAUCACAGAGCAGUCUGACCUGAUGUAGGAUCUGAUCCAAAUCCAUGUUUUAUUAUCAGCACAUUGUACAGUAACAGCCUGAUUGAUGGCAUAUGCAUUCAGUUAUUCUGUGUAUUCAGGGUUAUUGUAUUGCGGUGUAUAGGUUAAAACAUUCAAAGUGCUGAGUGUGGGAUUGUGCUGGCUUGUGUUUGAAGUCCUGUCUCAGGUAUCUGAGGCGGAGUAGGGAGGGCAUGUUGCCCAGGGGAGGGAGAGAUGGCUGUUAUCCCUGAGUCCUCAUUAGUGACAGAGACACACACACACAUACCGACUCUUCCUCCUCACCCUGCUUGCUCUGUUAUGCAGCCCGCUUAGACAGCAACAGAGCUGUCAGGCCUGGUUGACACUGCACCAUUCCCCAUUCCCAGAGAGCCCUGGCUGAGGCCCCUGAGUUCAGCACACUCUGCCCAAACCCAAAACAGCAUACCUAUAUGUUACUCUGCCUACCUCCCAGUCACCCGCAUAAUUAGGGUCAGAAGUUUUCCAUGGCCACAUAACCUAACCAGGAAAAAGUAGCAUACCCAAAAUAGACUGCCUGUCUCCCAGUGUGUCAUCCAUACCUGUCCCCAACCCUGUGUCUUCAUCCUGGAACACAUGGCGUUGUUCUGUAGGGACUGACAACAUCAGACAGAGAGAUGACAGAAGUCGUUUGCUGUGAAUAGAUAAAGCCAACUAGGGAAGAAGUAGAAAGCUCUGUGUAUCCUGUUGACUAAACACACAGCCGUAAUUGGAGUUCAUUAGCAUUCAAGCCUGCUGUGAAGGUAAAGAGUAUAGAUUACAAAAACCCAUUAUACAAGUUUGCAGAUUUCCACAGGCAAUUAUGGCUCUCUGCUAAGAGUUCUGUGUCACUAUGGUUUACUCAUUUUCAUGAGUGUUUCACUGUGCAGUUCUGUGUUCUGCAUAGGGAUCACUGGGCUCAUUCUACAGGGGCGCUCUGUACUAUGGUGAGACUGUCUGCUUGUUUAUUGGCUCAUUUAGGAACAGGAUGGUGAUGACAAGGAGGGUGCUCUCCAACUUGCUUGCUGGCUGCUCUUCAAUGGGUGACAUCAGAGCAGAGUCAAUAGAUUUGAAUUGGAUGCGUUAAUCAAAAUCAUGUUCCUUUUUUAUUAGGAAAUUGGAUCUGUGCAUGUGCUUGAUCUGUGCACCUGCUUUAGGCAGAUGCCCGUGAACAAACGGUGUUCUUGAUGAUCACCAUCUUAGCUGGGUUGUAAAGUACCCAGCUCUGUGUCUGUCUUACUGCUUUGGUCCCAUUGGGAAUGCUCCAGCAGCCAGCCAGUCCACAGAGGGACACAGCACCACAUGUUGUUCUGGGCAAUGGCAUCAUUUCUCAGCAGAGGGCAAGGAUACGAUCCUGCUUAGAUGUAGGUUUAAAUCUGGACUGUGGCAGACUCUGUGGUAUCUCAGACCAUUCUUUGACAUUGAUCUGUGUUAGUAAUUGUGAAAGUGUAUUGCUUGAAUAUUGGACUUUUCUGGAUACUGUAGUUGCAAGUAGUGUUGUUGCUCCUUAUUGAGUCUGGUGUUUUUCAGAGCCUCUGGCAGAGGAAGGUAGAGGAAAGUCGAGCAGUGAGUGAGUCAGUGACAUGUAAUUUGGGAGGAAGACUGCUUUCUUUCCAGCCUGGAGAAGGAGACGCCAGCGGUGAACAGAGGAUUAUACUUUCAGUUAGCGUAGACAGUCUGUGUGUUAGGCCUUGUUACACACACACACACAAGAGAGAGAGAGAGAUAUUAACUACAGCUUCUUUCUGUCCUAAUGAACAGACAUUUAAUGCUCUGAAAGAUAUCUCCACCCUCAGGUGAAUGAGUUGUUGCUGCUAGGGAUAAUAAGGUUAUACUGCUAUGUUUUAGAGGGCCUUGCAUAGAGUAGAUGAGGCAACACUAUGGCUUCGUGUACAACCUUUCUCUUUCCCCUUCUAAACAGGUUUAGCCUAAAGCUGAGAGAACCAAUAUUACUGGUAAUAUGGUUGAGCUCAUAUUGAUGGUUUCCUAUUCUCCUCCCAGAUUACCCUCAUAAGUAUGGCUCAGAGGGAGGCUGUGCUGACCACUCAGUGUUUGAAAGGAUGAAGAAGUACCAGGCCUCAGCUAUGGAGGAGCCUCUCAAGGUGAGCUGAUAACACCCCACUGUGAAACCAACCCUAUACAGUGAGGGAAAAAGUAUUUGAUUCUCUGCUGAUUUUGUACAUUUGCCCACUGACAAAGACAUGAUCAGUCUAUAAUUUUAGUGGUAGGUUUAUUUGAACAGUGAAAGGCAGAAUAACAACAACAAAAAUCCAGAAAAAGGCAUGUCAAAAAUGUUUUAAAUUGAUCUGCAUUUUAAUGAGGGAAAUAAGUAUUUGACCCCUCUGCAAAACAUGACUUAGAACUUGGUGGCAAAACCCUUGUUGGCAAUCACAGAGGUCAGACGUUUCUUGUAGUUGGCCACCAGGUUUGCACACAUCUCAGCAGGGAUUUUGUCCCUUUUUUUUCCCCCUGAUUUGCAGAUCUUCUCCAAGUCAUUAAGGUUUCGAGCCUGACGUUUGGCAAAUCGAACCUUCAGCUCCCUCCACAGAUUUUCUAUGGGAUUAAGGUCUGGAGACUGACUAGGCCACUCCAGGACCUUAAUGUGCUUCUUCUUGAGCCACUCCUUUGUUGCCUUGGCCGUGUGUUUUGGGUCAUUGUCAUGCUGGAAUACCCAUCCACGACCCAUUUUCAAUGCCCUGGCUGAGGGAAGGAGGUUCUCACCCAAGAUUUGAUGGUACAUUGCCCCGUCCAUCGUCCCUUUGAUGCGGUGAAGUUGUCCUGUCCCCUUAGCAGAAAAACACCCCCAAAGCAUAAUGUUUCCACCUCCAUGUUUGACGGUGGGGAGGGUGUUCUUGGGGUCAAAGGCAGCAUUCCUCCUCCUCCAAACACGGCGAGUUGAGUUGAUGCCAAAGAGCUCGAUUUUGGUCUCAUCUGACCACAACACUUUCACCCAGUUCUCCUCUGAAUCAUUCAGAUGUUCAUUGGCAAACUUCAGACAGGCUUGUAUAUGUGCUUUCUUGAGCAGGGGGACCUUGCGGGUGCUGCAGGAUUUCAGUCCUUCACGGCGUAGUGUGUUACCAAUUGUUUUCUUGGUGACUAUGGUCCCAGCUGCCUUGAGAUCAUUGACAAGAUCCUCCCGUGUAGUUCUGGGCUGAUUCCUCACCGUUCUCAUGAUCAUUGCAACUCCACGAGGUGAGAUCUUGCAUGGAGCCCCAGGCCGAGGGAGAUUGACAGUGCUUUUGUGUUUAUUCCAUUUGCGAAUAAUCGCACAACUGUUGUCACCUUCUCACCAAGCUGCUUGGCGAUGGUCUUGUAGCCCAUUCCAGCCUUGUGUAGGUCUACAGUCCCUGACAUCCUUGGAGAGCUCUUUGGUCUUGGCCAUGGUGGAGAGUUUGGAAUCUGAUUGAUUGCUUCUGUGGACAGGUGUCUUUUAUACAGGUAACAAGCUGAAAUUAGGAGCACUCCCUUUAAGAGUGUGCUCCUAAUCUCAGCACGUUACCAGUAUAAAAGACACCUGGGAGCCAGAAAUCUUUCUGAUUGAGAGGGGGUCAAAUACUUAUUUCCCUCAUUAAAAUGCAAAUCAAUUUAUAACAUUUUUGACAUCGUUUUUCUGGUUUUUUGGUUUUGUUUUCUUCUCUCACUUUUCAAAAAAACCACCAUUAAAAUUAUAGACUGAUCAUUUAUUUUCAGUGGGCAAACGUACAAAAUCGCAGGGGGUAAAAACUUUUUCCCCUCAUGUACUAUACAGCACUACCAACUACCAAAAACCCCUUACACAUUCUUACAAUUGGGGACAAAAAAACAUGCCAUACACACCAUCUGUAAGUCAAAUUUGCAUCCCCGGGCUGCUGUGGAAAACCAGUACUGCGCAACCCAUUUUAUUACCAAGUUGUGAUUGGUAUUAUCAGUUUUCCCUUUAGUUCUUGAAUCCCAAUAAAUACCACCUCACAUAUUCUUGCUCCAUGGUAAAAUAACAAAAGCCGUUGCAUAUGGGAAAAGGGAAUGUUAAUCCGACUUUUUUUGGAGCUGUAACUAGACCGUUCCUUUAUUGUUCCGGGGGUUUUACCCCUUUCACUCUGGGGAUGACUAGUAGAUGAUGCAAGAUCAUCUGGGGUGGGUGUUAUUUUUCUCUCAGGGGAUGAGUUAGACCAGACCAGGGGUGUGUCCGGAAAUGUUUCCCCCCUGUUUUCGGGAAAGACCUUCCCUACCCCCCUUCAAAAGUCGGGCCCUCUUUCCCCAACGAAGAAUGGGAUUUUUUUUCUUCUACCUUCCACUUUCCACUCUCAAUCUAGCUCCCCUAUCUCUCUUCUUCCAGCUCCCCUCUUUCCACCUCACUCUCCCUCACAUCCAUCUCUCCCUCCUAGUUGACUAAUGGUAGUUGUUCCUCUGGUUGUUGUCUCUGCAGGAGCCCCCCAAAAUGUGGUGGAGGGAGAGGUCCAUGAACAUGGUCGGACCGAGGGAAAAAGAGCUGCAUCACCACCGGCAAGUUGCGUCUCCCACAAUGACAGUUCAACUUGAAAGAACGUAUGCUGUUCAUAAUACUGCGUGACAACUUUGUUGACGCCCUUGCAGCUGUUUGUUCAAGUUAUCAGGUGCUCUGUAACAUCCACAUAAAUGCAAGGUCCUGCAUCCCAUUCUGCGGAAUGAAAUUCUAACAUGGUUUGCCCCUUUUCUUCCAUGAACUGUUCAAUUCUUCUCUGUAAAUCAAAGAAACGCCUCAGCACAGCACCUCGGCCUUAACCCAUCUACCCUCAGUGUGGUAUGGCAGGCCAUAGAUGUGGUCUUUCUCUCUGAGAAGGCUGUCAACCUGGACGGUGAUUCAGGCUUCUGGAUCGGAUGAAAUUAACAGUUUGGAUGACUACUUCAUGACGGUAUCCAUCUUUAAUGACUUGAACACAAAGCCUCCUGGUGCAAAAUACAGUGAAAAGUCAAAAAAUCACGUCCUCCAUUUGAAGAUUGCACUUUCUCUCUGAACUUUGUCACAACGCCUGCUUUUUUCCCGAUCAUUGAGGGCGCACCAUCUGUAGCCAGGCUGACAGCGCGGGACCAGUCCACUCCGACCCUGUCCAGCGCGCCGACGAGUGCGGUAAAAAUAUCAGCUGCUGUCGUUGUAUCUGUCAUCGGCACCAACUCCACGAACUCCUCGGUGACGGUCAAUGUGUCAUCAACUCCGUGGAUGAAAAUGGCCAGUUGUGCAACAUCUGUAAUGUCCGUGCUUUCAUCAAUUGCAACCGAAAACGCAAUAAAUGACUUUACUUUUUGCUUCAACUGGCUGUCCAAAUCCACUGAAAGAUCGGAAAUCCUGUCUGCAACUGUGUUUCUUGUCAGGCUGAUAUUUGCAAAAGCCUGCCGCUUUUCAGGGCACACAAUCUCCGCUGCCUUCAUCAUGCAUGUUUUUACAAAUUCACCCUCACUAAAUGGUUUUGAAGCCACUGCGAUUUCAUUAGCAAUGAGGUAGCUAGCUUUCACUGCAGCGUCACUGAUGUCUCGGCUGUGAGUAAACACAGACUGCUGUUUCUUCAGACCCGCCAACAGUUCAUUCACCUUCUCUCAUCUCCGCUGUCCUUGAAAGUUGACAUAUUUGUCGGCAUGAAGACUCACAUAGUGGCGACGAAGGUUAUAUUCUUUCAGCACUGCAACAUGCUCUGAACACACCAAACAUACAGCUUUCCCAUUCAAUUCCGUGAAUAAAUAGGAUGACCAUUUUUCUUGGAACACUCUGCACUCUGCGUCCACUUUUCUCUUUUUUGACAGAGACAUAUUGGGGCAAUGAGGGUGCCAAAGCACAUAAUGUUAAAAGUAGAGGCCGUAAUAAAUAUCGCGGGCAAAACAAAGUAGCUCAUUGGCUGCACGUGCUUGACCUACUUGCUCUGCCCCGGUAUAAACAGUUUGCUUGCUUAACACAAUUGCUAUUGCGCCAUCCAGUGGACGCAAUUGGAACAGCAGUUUAUUUUAUAGAAAAAUUGCAGCGCAUUUUUAUACUUUACAAUUUUGUAUUUAUUUUUGUAAAAAAAAAAAUUACUUUUUUUUUUUUCAAAAUCAUCUCGCGGGCCGGAUUAAACCCGUUUGCGGGCCUGAUCCGGCCCGUGGGCCGGACGUUUGACACCCCUGGCGUAGACAGUCUGUGUGUUAGGCCUUGUUACACACACACAGAGAGAGAGAGAGAGAGAGAGAGAGAGAGAGAGAGAGAGAGAGAGAGAGAGAGAGAGAGAUUAACUACAGCUUCUUUCUGUCCUAAUGAACAGACAUUUAAUGCUCUGAAAGAUAUCUCCACCCUCAGGUGAAUGAGUUGUUGCUGCUAGGGAUAAUAAGGUUAUACUGGUAUGUUUUAGAGGGCCUUGCAUAGAGUAGAUGAGGCAACACUAUGGCUUCGUGUACAACCUUUUUCUUUCCCCUUCUAAACAGGUUUAGCCUAAAGCUGAGAGAACCAAUAUUACUGGUAAUAUGGUUGAGCUCAUAUUGAUGGUUUCCUCUUCUCCUCCCAGAUUACCCUCAUAA